AUGGAAGGAGUAGCUGCUGCUAGAGGAGGGACCAGAAUCACUCAUCUACUUUUUGCAUAUGAUUGUGUGAUUUUUAGUAUAGCAAGUAAAGAGGAUUGGAGGACAAUACUUGAUAUACUGAAGGUCUAUGAAGAUUCUUCUGGCCAAAUGCUUAAGAGACAGAAAACAGCUAUCCUUUUUAGCUCCAACACAAGUAUACUCAAUCAAAGGGAUAUUUUGCAAGAGGCGGGUGCAGUGAUAUGUGGGGAUUAUGGGAAAUACCCUAGUCUUCCAACUAUUGUUGGGAGAUCAAAGUAUGGAACUUUUAAAAACAUAAAAGAUAGGAUGUGGAAGAAAAUUCAUAGCUGGAAAAACUCUUUUCUAUCAAGUGCAAGAAGAGAGGUUCUGAUCAAGGCAGUGUUACAGUCUAUCCCUACUUAUACCAUGAAUGUGUUUCGAUUACCAAGGAAGCUAAGCUGUGAGAUUAAUUCCAUGAUGGGAAGGUUUUGGUGGAGCAACAAGAUGGAAGGAAAAGGUAUUCACUGA